CUGGCAGAGACACAGGACGCUGAGUCAGCAAUCGGGUCGGACAGCAGCUCCAUUUUGGACUGGAAGCCGUCUGAAGUACCGAGUGUGGCCCCUGAAGUCCUGAGUGUGGCCCCUGAAGUCCUGAGCGUGGCCGAGGCUCCACCCCCAACUAAAAGAAAAGCACUCAGCGCCAUCAAUGUUCAGAAAGAGGAGAAAGACAGCACUGACCUGGGCUACAUGACGUCAGAGAAGGCCUACAGGAUCGUGUUGGCUGGAGAUGCUGCGGUGGGAAAAUCCAGCUUCCUGCUCCGCCUCUGCAAGAACGAAUUCAAAUUAAACACCAGCGCUACACUUGGGGUAGAUUUCCAGAUGAAGACACUCAUUGUGGACGGAGAAGCUGUUUUACUACAACUAUGGGAUACUGCUGGACAAGAGAGGUUUCGCAGCAUUGCAAAGUCUUAUUUCCGCCGGGCGGACGGCGUGCUGCUGCUGUACGACGUCACCUGUGAGAAGAGCUUCCUGAACGUUCGAGAGUGGGUGGACAUGAUUGAGGAUUUGUCCCAUGAGGAUAUUCCCAUCAUGCUCGUGGGUAAUAAAUCUGAUCUUAGAACAGAGGACGUUACCUGUGUUCCUACCAGCUAUGGAGAAAAACUGGCCAUGACCUACAACACUCUGUUCUGUGAAACUAGUGCCAAGGACGGUUCCAACACGGUGGAGGCUGUUCUACACCUGGCCAGGCAAGUAAUCAAACAGGCUACGUUUGAUGAUAAAGGUCACUAUCAGAAGCUCCCCAGCUUAGACGCUCCGAGGAAAAAGCCAAACUUCUCCUGCUGCAACUGAUCAAAUUCAUCAGAAUUCGAACGCGGCGGUGUCUUGAUGUGAACUCAGCCCAAGUGGGGAAAGGACUGCACAUGCAGACACUUGAUAAAAGAGAAAUGAGACAUUUAUUUACCUGCAGAGCUGCAGCAACAAGACACAAUCAUCACUGUUACUAACCCAAUGGAUCACAGCAGAAUAUCAACGGCUCCACGAGCGCCACUAUUUUGUUCAUCAACGUUUUUUAAACAUGAUGUAUUGUGUUACUGUGCAUGUUUAGGAUGCAUUUUUAUUGUGCUAUUGUCACACAUUUGCAUGAGGUCCUUCCACAUAUUUGUGUAUGAAUGCACCGUUUGCCCAGGCUGGUUGAAAAGUGAGUUCACAGUGAAAGAAAAAAGAAAGCAUGAAACGUGAAGACAGCAUGUGUGAGAAGGAGCUGCACGUGAGGAAUGUGAUUGGACAAGUUGUGUGCAUGUGAUGAAAGAUAGAGGGGCUGUUUUAGCAUCACAUGAAGGUUAGUCCACCAAACUAAGAAGAGUAGAUUCUUCAUGUUAUUAACCGCAGCAGUUAAGUGUUGGGUCAAAAGGGAUUGUGCAGUAUGAUGGUGGACAAGAAGAAAACAGAAGUUUAAUGUCUGCAUCGAGUUAUGGAAAAGCUAAACACACAGCUUGUGUGUAUACGAUGAACCCUGGUGCAAUAUGUUAUGGAGUGAGACUUUUUUAUAUAAAAUCACAACCCAUAUUUUCUACUUUAUAUUACCCCUACAGUGUUACACUUCUAUUCAACUGACUUCCCUUUUCAUACGCCCAGUUUGUAUGAGCAGGUUUGUAGUGGGAACCAAGUCCCUAUUUACGUUUAUGAUGUGUUAUGAUUGAUGAAAAUGAUAUGAGAGGUGAUUUAAAGCCCUUAAACUCAGAUUGUAAUUCAGUUUGAAUUCAUAUCCUGAUAAUAACGCCAUAUUAUCAACCUGAGGAACAGCAGUUUAUUAUUCUGUCAGUAUGCGUCACAUGAAAUGCUCAUUUGAUUUUCAAACAGCAUCGUUAUCUAAUCAUAGUAUUUCAGUAUGAUGACAGGCUUCCACCCUCCCCCCCCUCCCAACACCCCCACCAGACGAUUGAGUCUAUUUAAACAAGUGUUAAAUACUUCAGUCGUCAACAAUGAUAAGAAGCACCUUUGAAGAAGCUGUGAUAAUUGAGGCUCACUGAAACCUCUGAAAUGUUGUUUUAGAGCCCAUGUGGUACUCAGUCUUACCUGUGAUGUCAUCACCUGACUUAAAGAGACAGUGUCCUUCAUCUGAGUCUGGAGGAGUAAAACGCUGAAGAACCUGCAGUUUCUCUUUACUGUGCAUGUGUCUAUGAAGGAAUUUGUAUCUUCAGUGGUAGAACUUUUAGCAUCCGUGUGUGUUAAUGUCACAAGAAAUAUCUGUUUAUGUAACUAACGCACACCUGAAAAUGACUUUCUCAAUAAACUGUAGUCUUCUACUGUA